AUCCUACAACCAAUCCUCUCUUCUCAUCUACAAGAACACUUCACAACCAAACAACCAACUCAGUCCACUCUUCAACCAAUUUCAAACCCAACAAACACCAUCAAGAUGCACUUCUCUACCUUCACCGCCGCCAGCGUUCUUGCUCUCGCCUCCUCCGCCCUUGCCGGCAAGGCCGCCGUCAAGAACAACUGUGGCCAGGACGUCUACCUCACAAUCACCCGCCAGGACCAGAGCCACACCCAGCAAAAGCUCGCAGCCAACGGUGGCUACUUCAGCGAGCAGCUCUCCGGCCAAGGCAACAGCUACGGCCUGACCAAGAACCAGGACUACUACUCUGCCAACACACCCAAGCUCAUCUGGGGUGCUUCUGACAGCGCUGGUGUCGUCUACUACUCUCUCAACAACGUUGAUGGCAACCCUUUCAACGGACAGGGUGUUCGUCUUACUGGCAACCAGGCCAACUGCCCUGCUGUUACUUCGGUUGACGGCAGCACCAAGGCUUGCUCCAACUCUAACGACUUCACCCUUACUCUCUGCUAGAGGGUUUCUUACGAUCGAGAUAUGAUAUGAUGCAGGGUGGGCCUUAGCCCGGGACGGGCUAUCUGAGCAUUCUUUAAUGUAAUUAGCUACUUUAUGAAACAACCA